AUGUCGUCACCCCCGUACAACGCCUUGACGCUCUACACGGCCGGCACGCCAAAUGGAUUAAAACCAGCCCUGGUCCUCGAAGAACUGGAUCUCAAGUACGACGUCAAGCCCAUCAACAUCAUGAACAACGACCAGAAACAGGACUGGUUCCUGGCGAUCAACCCGAACGGACGCAUCCCGGCGCUCAAGGACGGCGAUUUACGCGUCUUUGAGAGCGGGGCCAUCAUGCUAUACUUGACGGAUAUGUAUGACCGGGACAAAAAAUUCACGUACGAGUACGGUACGGCGCUGUACUACGAGAUGAUGAGCUGGUUGAUGUUCCAGAUGGGCGGGAUCGGGCCGAUGCAAGGCCAAGCGAACCACUUCCGCGCCUUCGCUCCCGUGUAUUCGGCCUACGGGAUCAAACGGUACCUCGACGAAACGAAGCGUCUGUACGGCGUGCUGGAAAUCCGUCUGUCCAAGGCCGACUGGCUCGCUGGGGACAAGUACACCGUGGCGGAUAUGGCGAAUUACUCGUGGGUGCGUGCGGGACCGCCGUUCUUGGAUAUCGAUAUCGCCGAGUUUCCGGGCGUCGAGAGGUGGCUGAAGCGCAUCGAGGAGAGACCGGCUGUGCAGAGGGCGAGGAAGGUUCCUGAUACGGGUCGGAGUGAGGAGGAGAUGAUUAAGAUGGUGCAGGGCGCCAAGGAGAGGGUCGACUCCUUGAAGGGCACGGGUAAGGACGAGCCUUCGAAGAUAUAG